GUUUCCCUCGGCCCCGCCCGGAGGAACCAGUCGCUAAGCGAUGACGUCGCGGGGGCCUGGCUGAGCGUCGCGGACUCCGGAGAUGGAGGAAAAGGAGCAGCUGCGGCGGCAGAUCCGCCUCCUGCAGGGUCUAAUUGAUGAUUAUAAAACCCUCCAUGGCAAUGGCCCUGCCGUGGGCACCUCAGCUACUCGGUGGCAGCCACCAGUUUACCAGGGUGGCAGGACCUUUGGUGCCCGCUACUCUCGUCCAAGUCGGAGGGGCUUCUCCUCACAUCGUGGCCCUUCAUGGCGCAAGAAAUAUUCCCUUGUGAAUCAGCCUCUGGACUCUUCGGACCCAGCCAGCGAUCAUGCUUUGCAGACAUCCCUCAGGUCUGGAGACAACCAGCAUCCUGACUCCCAGCAGUACGUACUGGAGAGACAGGUCCAGCUCAGUCCAGAUCAGAAUAUGGUUAUUAAAAUCAAGCCACCAUCAAAGACAGGCCCCACCAGUGCUUCAGGGGUCCAGCAGGGCUCCUUGGAAGACUAUGAUGAGUCCUUCUGGAGUGACCAAAGACCCCAGGGAAGUGAGGUUGAGCUCCCUGGUGGACAACUGCAGUCUGCAAGGCCCGGAAGAACCAAGAUGGGUUACAGUGUGGACGACCCCCUUCUGGUCUGCCAGAAGGAGCCUGGCAAGCCUCGGGUGGUGAAGUCUGUGGGCAGGGUGAGUGAAAGCCCCUCCGAGCAUCGGCGAACAGUCAGUGAAAGUGAAAUCACCAUCAAGACACACUUCCCAUCGCCUAUUGUGCACCAACGUACUGGUGUGGCCCUGGGCCGGAAAAUAGGCCCUCAUUCUGCCAACUAUGCCGAACAACACAUUGGAGACCACAGAGCAAAUACUGGCCGUGGAGACCAGCCAGCUUCCUUGGGUUCGGUGGUGGCUCCAGUCAGACCAUCAACAGGAACCAGGCAGGUCAGGGAGGCCUCACUGCUAGUGUCUUGUCGAACCAGCAAGUUCCGGAAGAACAACUACAGAUGGGUGGCUGCCUCCGAGAAGAGUCCACGGGCCACACGGAGGGCUCUUAGUCCCAGAACGAUCGUGGAGAGUGCGAGCAAGGCAGAGAAGCCACAGCCUAAAGUUGACCCAGAAACCAGGCCUGAGAAACUGGCCACAUCAUCCAAGCCUGGACCCUCUCCCAGCAAGUACAAGUGGAAGGCUUCCAGCCCCUCUGCUUCCUCCUCUUCCUCUUUCCGUUGGCAGUCAGAAGCUGGCAGUAAGGACCAUACUUCUCAGCUCUCCCCAGUCCCAUCUAGGUCCCCGUCAGGGGACAGACCAGCAGUGGGACCCGACAACUUGAAGCCCCUCUUUGGAGAGACACCACUCUCAGCUUACAAAGUGAAGAGCCGUACCAAGAUUAUCCGGAGGCGGGGCAAUACCAGCCUUCCAGGGGACAAGAAGAGCAGCCCCUCAGCUACCACCACCAACAAAAACCAUCUCACCCAGCGACGGAGACAGGUCCUCCGGGGGAAGAAUAGCCCCAUUCUGAAGAAGACUCCUCACAAGGGUCUGAUGCAGGUCACCAGGCAUCGGCUGUGCUGCAUGCCAUCCAGCCGGGCCCACCUCUCCAGCAAGGAAGCUUCCAGUGUGCACCUGCGGACUCCACCCUCCAAUAAGGUGAUUAAGACCCGCUACCGUAUUGUCAAGAAGACCCCAACUUCUCCCUUCAGUGCUCCAUCUUUUCCCUCAUCUCUGCCCUCCUGGCGGGCCCGGCGAAUCUCCUUAUCCAGGUCCCUGGUGCUGAACCGUCUGCGUCCAGCCAUCACUGGGAGUGGGAAAGCCCCACCUAGUUCCCCUCGGUGGCGCAACAAAGGCUACCGCUGCAUAGGAGGGGUUCUCUACAAAGUGUCUGCCAACAAGCUCUCCAAGACCUCCAGCCGGCCCAGUGAUAGCAGCAGGGCCCUCCUCCGCACAGGACGACUGGACCCUGCCACCAGCUGCAGUCGUUCCUUGGCCAGCCGGGCCGUCCAGCGAAGCCUGGCUAUCAUCCGGCAGGCGAAGCAGAAGAAAGAGAAGAAGAGAGAGUACUGCAUGUAUUACAACCGCUUUGGCAGGUGUAACCGUGGCGAGCGCUGCCCCUAUAUCCAUGACCCUGAGAAGGUGGCCGUGUGCACCAGAUUUGUCCGAGGCACAUGCAAGAAGACAGAUGGGUCCUGCCCUUUCUCUCACCAUGUGUCCAAGGAGAAGAUGCCUGUGUGUUCCUACUUUCUGAAGGGGAUCUGCAGCAACAGCAACUGUCCCUAUAGCCACGUGUAUGUGUCCCGCAAGGCUGAAGUGUGCAGUGACUUCCUCAAAGGCUAUUGCCCACUGGGUGCAAAGUGCAAGAAGAAGCACACGCUGCUGUGUCCUGACUUUGCCCGCAGGGGUAUUUGUCCCCGUGGUGCCCAGUGCCAGCUGCUCCAUCGUAACCAGAAGCGACAUGGCCGGCGGACAGCUGCACCUCCUACCCCAGGGCCCAGUGAUGGAGCCCCCAGAAGCAGGGCCUCAGCUGGCCAUGUACUCAGGAAGCCCUCUACUGCUCAGCGCCCUGCCAGACAGAUGUCCACUAGUCUGACCUCCAGAACUGAGGCCCCAGUCUCUCAACCCCCCUCCCCAAGGGUAUUAGCCUCCACCUCUACCCUGUCUUCAAAGGCCACCGCUGCCUCCUCCCCUUCCUCCUCCCCCUCUGCUAGCUCCCCGACCCCAUCCCUGGACCAGGAAGAAGCUGCCUCUGGGACAGGUGGGACAGGCUCAGGAACAGGCUCCAGCAGCCUCUGCAAGCUGCCAUCCUUCAUCUCCCUGCAUUCCUCCCCGAGCCCAGGAGGACAGACUGGGCCCCAGGCCCCCAAGAGCCCCCGCAUCAAGGAUUCAGGGAAGCCGCUACACAUCAAACCACGCCUGUGAGGCUUCCUGGGGAACCAGCCCGCACCUACCUCAGACCCUCACCCCUGGAGAGGAUGGAGGCUCUACCCACCACUGUUCCUGAGGAGAAGCAGCCUGCCACUGAGCCCAACCGGGGCUAUAAGCAGGGACACAUAGCUCCUCCCAUUUGGCUUAUAGCCUUUGGAGGCUUUGUGUGCCCAGACCUUGUUCAACCAAGCCAAGGCCCCGUCCAUCCCCUGUUCUCCCCCACCCCUCAAGGCACUCAGCCUUGUCCCUGACUCCUACCCAUCAGAGUGCCAUGUGAGGUUCGCCCCAGGCUCUCUCCUGUGGUGGGGGUGGUAAUAGCUGUAGGACUUGUGCCCCAGCCCUCCCCAUCCAGGACUCCUGCCCAGGGAAGAGGCCAUGGGCCAGGCUUCUCUGGUGGGUAUUUUAUGUUCAGCAAUAAAGGUUUUAUCCUGUGUCUA